GCUUGAGCGGCUUGGCCAGAGCUGCUGCUACUGCAGCAAGAGGUAGGGCAGAGGCGUUGAGACUCUCUUGGACAAGCGGUCGCACAGAAAGACACACAGAGGUAGUGGUGUACACUAAGCCCUUGACAGCAAAUAGGUCAGUCCCACCUUUGCUAAAUCUCCCUGCCAGGACUUUUCCCUCCUCCAAGAACUCCAUUUUUACUCCCAUUGAAUUUUUUUUCUUCUUUCUGUCAGCUGCAUGUAGUUUGAAGACUUCUUCCCUUUAGUUCCCCGUUCCUUGAGACAGGAGAGAAGCCAUCCAGGCCCUGUAGACAAAAAGACUUCAACCAUAGGCUCUAACCAGGUCCCAGCCUAGAGAGGUUGAAGGUGGUCAAGAUAGGGGCUUCCAGGAGCUACAGACCCACCCUCUCCACAGCGUCCCCCCAAGCAGUGUCCUUUUUGGGUGACAGAGCUCAGGCCUACCCUCCUAACUGCCAGCCUGCCUUUACUUAUUAGGAGAGCAGAGGCCUUGCGCUCCCACUUGGUCCCUUGCUGGCUAGCAAUGUGAAGACUUGGGUAUGGAAGCAGCCUUCCAAGUCUUCACUUGAAAGUGAAGGCCAUGCAGGUCUGGGGCCACAAAAUGGCUGCUGCUGCUGUGACAAAACAAUUCCUGACCAACCAGCUUCUGCCUAAGGACUUAGGUUUCUGUUGUUGUUCAAAGCAGGUGACAGUAGUUAAAGACAUCAUCUGCUGAAAGAGUAGGAGAAGAUGGCCACUCUGGACCACACCAACUGUAACACAGCGUCACCAGCUGCUCUGGAGGAGGCCAAGACUUCCGGUGGUCUUCGGAGCCCCCAGAUAGCCCAUGAGCCUCAUGACUUCGGUGGUUCCCUGCUUCUGCCAUCAGGACAGGAGAUCCAAUCAGAGGAUGAAGGGACUGUACCCGCUGGUGAUGGCUCAAGUUGUAACAUUAGGGGUUCUCGAACCCAGAGCCCAGGGGGCUGUUCGGUGGAGGCGGUGCUGGCCCGAAAGAAGCACCGUAGGCGGCCAUCGAAGCGCAAGCGGCACUGGCGGCCGUACUUAGAGCUGAGCUGGGCCGAGAAGCAACAGCGAGAUGAGAGGCAGAGCCAGAGGGCCUCUCGGGUCCGCGAGGAGAUGUUCGCCAAAGGCCAGCCCCUGGCGCCCUACAACACCACCCAGUUCCUCAUGAAUGAUCGUGACCUGGAGGAGCCUAACCUUGAUGUGCUCCACGGGCCCUCCCACGCAGGCUCCGGUGGGGAGAACGAAGCAGGGGACAGUGAUGGGCAAGGCCGAGCCCAUGGGGAAUUUCAGCAGAGGGACUUCUCUGAGGCCUAUGAGCGGUAUCACACUGAGAGCCUUCAGGGCCGCAGCAAGCAGGAGCUGGUGCGAGACUACCUGGAUCUAGAGAGGCGUCUGUCACAGGCUGAGCAGGAAACUCGGAGGCUGCGGCAGCUGCAGGGUUGCUCCAGCAGGCAACCCUGUCAACAGGUGGAAGAGCUGGCUGCUGAGGUGGAGAGGCUCAGAACUGAAAACCAGCGGCUUCGUCAGGAGAACGAGAUAUGGAACCGAGAGGGCGGCUACUGUGACCAGGAGAAGCCAGCCUCAUGGCCCAAGGGUGAAGCCCCAUUUCAGACCCACACAGGCCAGCUGGAUCAUAGGGAGGCAGGUGACAGAUGAAAGCUACUCCCAGCAUACCCUGUCUCCACUGAGAACUGCUAAGACAAGGUCAGAGUUUCCCCCGCCAUUUUCAUGGUUGGAUCUUUAAUGUCAUCUAACUUUUUACACAGCAAUUAAAAACAGCCUUGUGAGAGCCAGUGAGAGUGGCUAGAAUUGAUUUCACUAGGGCUCUUCUUGUGUUCAAGCUUCCGUUUUUAUUUUUGAAAAUGUACUGUGUA